CCCUCCCCUCCCCCGCCUCCUGCCUUGUGACACAUCCUGGGCCCUCCCGGAGGCCGUAGCUGCAGCUCGGCAGCCGUGCCGGCCACCACCUCCUCCUCCGGAGCCGCAACCCAGCUCAGCCUGCGGCGGGCCUGCUACUGCUGCUGCUGCAGUCAUGGCCGCUGACGGGGUGGACGAACGCUCGCCUCUGCUGUCAGCCUCCCAUUCCGGGAAUGUCACUCCCACCGCCCCGCCGUACUUGCAGGAGAGCAGCCCAAGAGCUGAACUCCCACCUCCGUACACAGCCAUCGCCAGUCCAGGAGCCAGUGGCGUUCCCGUGAUCAACUGCCGGGUGUGCCAGUCCCUCAUCAACUUGGAUGGUAAACUUCACCAGCAUGUGGUUAAAUGCACAGUUUGCAAUGAAGCUACGCCAAUCAAAACCCCCCCAACAGGGAAGAAAUAUGUUAGAUGCCCUUGUAAUUGUCUCCUCAUAUGUAAGGACACAUCUCGGCGAAUAGGAUGUCCGAGACCCAACUGUCGGCGCAUAAUUAACCUUGGUCCUGUAAUGCUCAUUUCUGAAGAACAACCGGCCCAGCCUGCAUUGCCAAUCCAGCCAGAAGGCACAAGGGUGGUGUGUGGGCACUGCGGCAACACUUUCCUGUGGAUGGAACUGAGGUUCAACACUCUGGCAAAAUGCCCACACUGCAAAAAAAUCUCUUCAGUAGGUAGUGCACUUCCCCGGAGACGCUGCUGUGCCUAUGUGACCAUCGGGAUGAUAUGUAUUUUCGUUGGAGUUGGGUUAACUGUUGGCACUCAAGAUUUUUCAAGGAGAUUUCAUGCAACCUACGUAUCUUGGGCAGUUGCUUACCUCUUAGGUUUGAUUUGCCUUAUCCGAGCUUGUUACUGGGGUGCAAUAAGAGUCAGUUAUCCAGAACACAGUUUUGCUUAAAUCUGCCCCUGAAUCCUUGACGCAAGUGAGAGUGUCCAGUAGUUCUUGAUAAGCUCUUUUGGACACCUUCAAAUCAUGUAUCCUAGUGGAUUCCAUUCUGCUUUGUAUAAUAGUUUCAAGACUUUGUGAGUCUUUUCUGAACAGAUACUCACUACAGUACAUUAUAUGCAAGUUCACUUUGCUGCUAGGUUAUCAGACUUGGAAAAAUUAAGUGUGUCUUUGUUCUUUUAAAUCAAUUAAAAUUAUUUUUGGAUUUGUCAACACA